AUGGCCGACAGCAUCAACCGGAACCCGCACCCCGACUUCAAAAAAGUCGAGGCGGCGCGGCCCGACUGGGAGGCCGACCAAGCCUUUCACUACACCAAGACGGCGGACCCCGACUGGGCCUUUGGCCAGGGCCGCAACAGCCUGCCCGACGCCGGCGCGGGGCGGCCGCACGUGGCCAUUGACCCGCACGCGGCGGACCGCCCGGCGACGUCCAACUACAAGCUACUCAUCUCGGCCAUCACGCCGCGGCCCAUUGCCUUUGUGAGCACGCGCAGCGCCGACGGCGCCACGACCAACCUCGCGCCGUUUAGCUACUUCAACGUCGUCGCGCACGACCCGCCCACCUUUAUGAUUGGCUUCUCCUCGUCCGUGGCCGCCGCCAAGGACACGCUCCGGAACCUGCUCGACUCUGGCGAGUGCGUUAUCAACAUCAUCUCCGAGACAUACCUCGAGGCCGCCAACGCGGCGAGCACCGACGCCCCGUUUGGCGCUGACGAGUGGCGCGUCAGCGGCCUGACGCCCGACUACUCAUGCGAGACGGUGCGCUGCGCCCGGGUGAAGGAGGCCGUUUUCAGUGUCGAGGCCAAGCUCGACUCGUUUCGCGAGUGGGAAAGCCGCGCCAGGCCGGGCAGCAAGUCGGGCACCACCGUCUUUGUCGAGGGCACCAGGUUCUGGGUGCGCGAGGACGCGCUCAACGAGGACAAGAACAUUGUCGAUCCCGCAAUUUUGCGCCCCAUGGGCCGUCUCGGCGGCAUCACCUACUCUCGCACCACACAAGGCCUGGAGCUCACCCGUCCCAAGUUCAAGGAGGAUGUCGGUGGCCUGGAGGGCUAUGAGAAGCUACCCGAGCGCAAGACGUGA